CGUUGCCCCGCAACGGGCUAGCCGUGAUCAAAAUACUAGCGGUACGGCGAUGAGCAUUCAUUGUGGAUUUCAAUUCCUUUUUUAGCGGCCUAUCCGUCCGUCCGCUCCCCUCAGUUGGCGGGAUACGCGAAGCCGAUACCGCCUACGACACCGACCGCACCGCAGAUCUCUAGCUAGAAAGGAAUUCUUUCCGCGAAUAACUCUCCGUAUAUCACCGUCCGGACCAAGUUUCAGGAUAUCCCGUCCGUUUCCUCUCCUUCGCCUGUGGCCAAUGCCCGCGGACAUCACCUCCUGCUAGCACGCUCCUACGUAAUUACUAGCUGCUGUUUACCGACUUUGUGAGGACACACGCACAUCCACGCACACACGAGGUCUUGGGAGAUUUAGGCGACACGAUGGCGAUGCCAGCGGGAUAUAAGCCGUCGCCUCUGGGAUACGGUUCUCCUCGAAGCUCCCCUUUCCGCAGACCCGAGUCCCCAGGCUCCUCGCCGUCCGCGCCCAGGCAGAACAGCAUCAGCGUCCCCGCGACCGCCCCAACCAUCACACCGACGACCUCGCCGACCAAGGUUUCCGGCGUGCACACCACCCCCUCAAGAUUCGCCACCGUCUCGUCGCCGACGGGCAGCACCGACAGCCAGACCACGCCCCGCACGCUGAGCCAGACCCACGGUAGUGGUAGCAGGGUCGACAUGUCGCCGCGCGCUGGGCCCUCGCUCGCGCCCCCGCCGCACAUCUCGUCGUCGCGGAGCCCACCCCCACCGCCGCACGCACGCCCGCACUCCUUCAGCGCCCAGGGCAGCGCGCUGUCGCAGCUGCAACCGGCGCAGGUCCGCGUGCUCCGCGACGGGUUCCAGAUCCUCGACCGGGACAGCGACGGCGUCGUCAACAGGGACGAUGUCGCCGACAUGCUCAACCAACUAGGCCUCCCCUCGAGUCCGGCGGACCUGUCGCAGUUCUUCCCAGCCGGCGGGCCGGCGACAACGACGCUACCGGCGUUCCUCAAUUCGAUCGCGGCGGCGCUCGCAGCGUUGUCGCCGAGCGCGGAGCUGCUGUCGGCCUUCUCGGCGUUCGACGACGAUGACAGCGGGCAGGUGGACCUGGCGGAGCUGCGGGACGCGCUGCUGCACACGACGCCGGAGCCGGGCGAGCGCGCUCUCUCCCUGCACGACGUGGACAAGAUCAUGGCCGGCUUCAGCGGUCGCCGCGCCUUCACCAAGCACCGCGCCGGCGCCUCGUCGUCGGGCGGAGGCCUCGGCAGCAUCGGCAGCGUCAGCAGCAACGUCGGCGGCGGCAUAGGAACCGCCAGGCGCGGCGAGGUCUUCAAGUACCAGGACUUCGUCAACUCCAUCGUCGGCCGGAACGGCGUCUCGGAGCCCAACUCGAACGAGCAUUCGGAAGGGUGAGCGGGGAGAUAGAUGAGAAUAGGACGGUGGGCAGUAUCGGGCGUAUCGGUAUGAUGACGACGGAUGAAACUUGGCAUUAAUAUGGUCUUCUAAGGGGGAAUGGGGGGGAGUUGCUACGGACAUAGGACUUUAAUAUGCGUAUUCGAUGAUCACAAGGCGUGCUGCGGUUUACAUGUGGACCUC